CCACUUUCAAUGUUUACAUAUCUUUCAAAUAAUCCCGAGGUCGAUUGUACGGUCCCUGACCGCAAAUCACGUUCUCGCGAUACGUGCGUGAAAUCACGUGUUUUCCUUUUUUCCGGCGAAAUUCCUAACCGUCUCUCGUCUUUGACGAAAUUAUCCGAAUUGUUUCGAGUAUCGUAAACAGUGUAAAUCAUUUUAUCAUAUUUAUUUGUGUAACGUUAUUAAAAAUUACAUCUUCGAUAUAAGCCUCCAUGGCAAAGUUGAUAUUAUUUAGUGUAUCUUUAACCAUCGAAUCUCUCGAAGAUUGGACGCUAUAUUUUUACAUUGCAUGUGGUAUCACUGCCGGUGCACUUAUUUUACUUUUCAUUUUGGUAAUCGUGCUAUUCAUAAAAGUAAAUCGAUUAGCUGGGGAUGGGUCCAACCAACUAAACAGGCAGACGAAUAUGAUGGCGGAUUUUUGUUAUACCAAUCCUACAAUCGUGCCAGGAGAAUUACUCUCUCGUCGUGGUUUUUCCAUGUAUAGUGGAGCCGAUAAUUUCGAUGAAGACUUCGGCAAGAACAAAAACGUUCAUUAUGGGACUUACAACGAGGCUCGCUCGAAAUUCUAAUAUAUCAAAUUCGAAAUAAUUAACUCUAUAAAACGACUAAUCAUUCGUUAGUCAUUGGUGCAUUUAUCUGCAUCAAUUAAUCAACCAUUGAUUAAUUCAAACGGAGAUUAAGUAGAAUUUCUAAGUAAACCUUAGUUUAAUUUUGAGUUAUUUCUAAUUAUUAUUAAUUUCCCUUAAUGUAUAGUAUAUCGUUAUGUAAUUUAUUGCGAAAUUACGUGUUCAAGUUUAA